CUAACCGUUACGUCAACGACGAUCACGAUCGAUCUACAAAGAGAGCGCUCGCAUCAUGACCUCUAGCCAGGCUUCUCAGGGUGGCUCUGCCCGACCAACGUCGCCGACUGGGAGCUUCUACGCUAUGAGUGACGAUUCUGAGGGCGGCUAUGAGACCAUUACACACAUGGAAUCUGGCAGAGGAGUGAAGCUGCUGUUUUCAAAGAGCAAGGUCUACGUCCACCCGACACCAUCCUCAAAAGACAAUAUCUGUGGCUACAUAGCUCUGCUGCAGCAGAAGGGACCAAGGCGUGAUCGCCCCUCCACAUCAUCUUCGACAAAGAGUAUUGCGUCUUCGGAUCUCCUUCUUGCUUGGGUUCCCGAAUCGUCACUCGGUGACUCGGCGAGCAUCUAUGUCAAGGUGGAUCUCUCCGAUGCCGACUCCCCUCCAAAGCAGUCAUAUCUUGUCCCUCCACCUCCUACCGUGACCUCCCACAGCAGCUCCGUUGGUGGCUACGCGUUUGCCAUCCCUGUCAGUGCCAUAUACUCUCUGUUAGUCCGACCACCGAGUAUAGGCUGGUGGUAUGGCUCUAUCAUCAUCAACUCUCGAGGAGGCGAUAGCUUUCCUGCCCUCUUCUUUCAUGAUGACGAGUGCCAAAGCACCAUCCUUCAGAAGAAGAAGUUGGCCCGGGAAAACUUCGAUCCGUUUGGCGAGAAUGGCCAGAUGUUUUGGGGCGCAGAUGAAGUCCUGAGAUGGCUAAAGAGAUAUAUCAAGAUUGAGAGGUCCGGGGCAGAGCCCAACAUUUAUCUCGUUGAACCUAGUAAAGAAGAUCUGGAGAGCUUUGGCGCUAGAAUGACAACGACAAAAGCACAAGGAAAAGCCAAGGCUGGGAGCUCAAGCAAAAAAGAUGCCCAGAUGGACCCCUUUAUGAAAUUCGUCAAGGAGACGGGAUGGAGCCUCAUGGAGCAGUUUAGCAAAGUGACCACUUUGACUAGGAGAGCAGCGCAAGACUUGUCAGAAAAUCCUAACCUGCCUCCUCAAAUGCGAAGACUGCUCAGAAAUCCCGAGGUUCAGACACUACAAGAUGAGUUCGACAGCGCAAGAAUAUAUCUUGCCCGGUGGGCGAUGGGCAUGGCAGAGCAGAGCGAGCGUGAUCAUCGGCAGAGAAUCUGGACUGUUCGGGAUGUUAUGGAGCUCGAAGAUACUGAUGUCGGAGAAUUUGAGCUUCUUGAUGGAACACAUUCCAUGUCCUUUGAAGACAGGAAGCAGCCAUUAUCGAUAGAGGAGUGGGACGCAUUUUUUGACCCUGAGACCGGACGAUUAUCCAUCUCAGUUGAUGAAGUCAAGGAGCGCAUCUUUCAUGGCGGACUGGACGCCGACGAUGGGGUCAGGAAAGAAGCGUGGCUAUUUUUGUUGGGCGUGUACGAAUGGUACAGCACACUUGAUGAAAGAAAGGCCACAAUUGCCUCCCUGAGAGACCAAUAUUACAAGCUCAAGCAGUCUUGGUGGAAUCGACUGGAGGGAGAGGGAGGAGAGGGGGAUGACGGCGAGUGGUGGCGCGAACAGCGCGGCCGUAUCGAGAAGGAUGUUCAUCGAACUGAUCGAAACGUCCCCAUCUUCCACGGAGAAGAUACUCCUCAUCCAGAUCCAAACUCGCCGUUUGCCGAGGUUGGCACCAAUGUGCACCUCGAGCAGAUGAAGGAGAUGCUUCUGACGUACAAUGAGUACAACAAAGAGCUCGGAUAUGUCCAAGGCAUGUCUGAUCUCUUGGCUCCAAUUUAUGCCGUGGUCCAGGAUGAUGCGGUGGCCUUUUGGGCAUUCCAGAUGUACAUGGAUCGCAUGGAACGCAACUUCUUGCGCGACCAGUCAGGCAUGAGAAGCCAGCUGCUGGCUCUAGACCAACUUGUUCACUUCAUGGACCCUAAGCUCUGGGAUCACUUGCAAAAGACCGACAGCACCAACUUCUUCUUCUUCUUCCGCAUGAUACUGGUCUGGUACAAGCGAGAGUUUGAGUGGCUGGACGUGCUUAAGCUUUGGGAGUGCCUGUGGACGGACUAUUACAGCUCUAGUUUCCACCUCUUUAUUGCCUUGGCUAUUCUGGAGAAGCACAGGGAUGUUAUCAUGACACACCUGCAAGCAUUUGAUGAAGUCCUCAAAUAUGUGAAUGAGCUAUCCGGCACUAUUGACCUCGAAUCGACGCUGAUUCGCGCCGAGGUCCUUUUCCGCCGUUUCCAGCGAUUGGUUGAGGCAGUUGACAAGAAACAUAACUUCCCACCUCCUAGAACUGAGAGCCCGGCUCAGUCAAACGCCAACACAGCUAACCAGACUCCUUCAAAGGGCAAAGCCAACACAGCGUCGCCAAAACAAGAGCGGGUAAUCACCCCCGAGCUGCGAAAGCUACUUAGCCGAAAAGUCGAGUUUUUGGAGAAAAAGCCCAAGGCGGCUGUGAAGGUUGAUGGAUCAGCUGAUUCAAAAUGAGAAGAGGGUGUUUCUCCUUUUCUGAAACUAGCUAUUUGAGUUUCUUCUUUUAUCUUUUGUUAUUGGAUAUGUAUUUUUCUAUCUGUUUCUUGUUUUCCAAGCAUGGAGGCCAUGAAGAGUCCUGAGACAGGGGCGUUAUUAUUUUGUUUUGCCAGUACUUGGUCUAUACGCAGCGAUGAAUUGAGAAUCCUUUUUGACACGGACCCGG